AACCUUGCCUUGCUAUAUAGCAACUCUUUUGUUUCUUCUUCAAAUAAUAACAAAAGAUUAAACGUCAUCUGACUUUCCUAGUUGUAUAAAUCUACACUAUAUAUAUAUAUAUAUAUACAUAGUAUAGAUUCCUAGUUGUGCUUUAGUUCCAACUUUUUUCCUUUGCACUGUGUCUUUGGUGUGUAAUUAGGAUCAAGUUGCAGUAAGAACUCUCGUAUCCCAAGGGUGUUUGCUAUUUAUGGUUAUAUAACAAUCAGUGACUAAACUUAAGCUAGAAAACAAAAUUAACUGAUUAGAAAGAUUUUAUAGACAUAUUUUACGCAUUUGCUGAUUUUCCAACCAGUGAUUUUUAAACUUACACCCCUAUAAAAAUGUUACAAAGUUGAGUAGGAGGAGGAGGAGGAGGUGGAAAAGAAACCGAAGCAAUAAAAGCUUGCUUUCAUGGCAUCUACCAUGGAGCAAUCUCCUCUUAGUACAAGCACUUCACGACGACGAGACGAGCCUGAGUUCAACUUAAGAGAAUGGGCUCUCAAGUCUCGAAUCAGCCGCGAAAACACGAGAUCAAGAAGGUUCUCAGCAUCAAAUAUCAUUAGAAGGGAAGACACCAGGUCUUUCAGAUCAAACAUAACCAUUUCCAGCACUCCUUCUUCUCCUGGCUACUCUUUAAAAGAGAUCGAUCCGUCAACCUACUCAUUCACUACUGCUCUAAAAGCAUUGCAGGCGAGAUCGGUUUAUAGUUGGGAGUGCUUAUCACCAGAUGGUUUUGCUUUAAACUCCAAGUGGAAUGAAGCUGAGAAAUAUAUCUGCAACCCUUUAUCAGGGGAAGUUCCAAUGGAGUGUUUGUCGGCGAAAACACUUAGUGGAAGAUUAACAAGCAGACUUGCAAUGUCAGCACCUCUGAUCUACCCUUCUCACUCAAGAUUAGCUCAUACAAAUUCUUCUCUCACUCUACAUGAAAAUGACGUCCACAUUCCAAUUCAAGAGAAGAAAGAGUGGAGCAUGAAUACUAGAGAUGUGGGGACUCAAAGCACACCACCUGACCUUAGUUCAAGUAGUAGUCCUAGCCCUGCUUCAACUCCUCCCAUUGAAGAAAGAUCGAUCAAGCGAGGCGACGCGGUCAUCGGAGAUUCACCCUUUUCUAACAUUGCAAAAACCAAGUCUGAGGAAGAGGUUGAAGUGAAAGUUACAGGUGAUAAAGAAGAAACAAAAAGCAGCGAGGAAGAAGAUCAAGGAGAGAAGGCAAAGCAAAAGGGCAGGUGCAAGCAAGGUGGUUGCUUGUCAUGGAGGAGUUUGUGGAUGAGAAGAAGGCAGAGAGAUAAACACAAACCGAGAAAGAAAAUUAUUUUUUGCCACCAAAUUAACGGGUGCUAAAUAUAUUUUCUCGAGCAAGCGUUCCUCUGUAAGGACGGUUAUGAUCACUGACACGUUUUUUCUCUCCGUCAAUAUAAUUGUUUCUAUAUUUAUGUCCUAUUUCAAUUUCUCUUCAGAGACAUUGGAAAGUAGAUGAAAUUGUAUCGGACGACCGUGAUCACUGACAUGUUAUCUCUCCCUUAUUUCUAUAUCUAUGUCCUAUCUCACUUUUCUCUUCAGAGAUAUUGGUAAGUAGUGAGUCUUUCUUGAUGGGGAGAAUAGAGCAAUCAUGAAUGAACAGAGAGGGGAAGGAAUCUGUCAUGCAUGGUUGUUUUUGGUUUUGUGGUUGUAGUAGCUAGUGGAAUGGUGAUGUAAUGUUUUGUUCUUAUUUUGGUGGAAUUGGUUCCAGCUUGGGAAUCACGUGCAUGCUCCUUUUUUUGGUUGGAAACAGAAAA